UCGCGUUUGUUAGUGUUCGUUUCGGAGGGUUGGGAAAUCUUCCGAGGCGAAAUGCAAAAUGCCGGCGGUGAACGCGCCCUGUCGGGGAGCGAGCCUUUGCGCGCCCGCUUUAGACGCGCGUCUUUAUUGUGUUAGGCUAGGUGGGAGGUGCGCUUAAGCCCCUGCGUCCGCAGCUUCCCUCAUAAACUGCUGUUCAAUGUCCACCGCGAGUAAUACAGCCAGCCAGCUAGCCAGCUAGCUAGCUAACCGUGUGGCCUGCGCCGGGAUGGAUUUGGUUAUUUUCGAUGCCGCCUUCCCAGGCACCGCUCUUCCUCUUUCAUCUUUGCGCCUCCUGGUUCCACCUCUGCAGCUUAUGACAGCGUCCAUGUGGCAGGUUAUAAAGCAACAAGAUGUGAUGAACUACUGGAAAGUGGCAGAGUUUGUGUCUUUGGUGAUGGACAUGGUUCCAGAGCUUUUGAUGUACAAGCACAGGACACAGCUCGAUCUCGGGUUGCGAGCCAGGUAUAUUUUGGAGUUGUGCCGUAGUGAGCCCCUGGUGGAUCCUGAGUUUUUCACAUCUCUCCUGGACAAGGUCAAACCAUUAACUCCAUUAGAUGUAAGCUACACAGAGGUGGAUGGAGUGGAGGCUAAUUUUCUUGAGCUGGUCCAGAUGUUGCUCAAAGGUCCUGAAGAGAGGGAGCACUUUUUCCUGGAGGUCUUCCCCUCUGAAUAUGGGCCGCAAUAUGACAGCGACCUACAGACUCUGUUCUCAGAGUUCCUCUGUCGAUUGGCCCAGCUGCUGCCAAUCCCUGACCUUGACCAGAUAGUUUCAUGGCUUGGGAUUUCGGAUGAAGUUUUGGAGGAUUGUGUGCAUUCAGUCUCUGAGUCUAUGCACCUGAAGACUCUGAUCCAGCACCACAAACACCUUGGGCAUUUGGAGCAACAUGUCCCUCCUUCCUCUAUGGGUGACUCCAUAUUGUCCUCCUUGUCUGCGACUCAUCCUAGUCGAAUGGCCGGGACAACAGAACAGCCCAGCUGCGACAGCCAAUCAGAUCCAUUGCAUGGUCUUGGGGAUGACCCGCAGGCUGUUUCAUUCGUGGACGACGUGGCGGUGGAGGUCGUCGCGGUGACGGACUAUGCAGAGGUUGAACUGGGGAUGAGCACAGAGGUGCAGGUAGUGACAGAAGGUGGAGACUUUGAAGAAGUAGUUGUUGAAGUGAUGCCCGAAGAAUCCGUGGAAAUACUUCCUGAGGAAACGAAGGGAGAGGAAGUGGGCAGAGCCACAGAGGAAAAGACACAGGAGCGUCCCAACAGCGUUCAGCUGAACCUUGUCGUUCCUGAGAAAACUAAUCAUGGCCCAGUGUCAAUCCAGCACAAAUCGCUGUCCGGACCUCUAGACUGCCCAGACUGCGGGAAGAGAUUCAAAUUCGCCUCUUCCCUGAUCGCCCAUAGGGUCAUCCACACGGGUGAACGGCCUCACCAGUGUAAUGAGUGUGGCCGCUGCUUCUCCUUCAGGCAGUCCAUGGACAGACACAAACAUACGCACAAGGCCGGACGGAAGUACGACUGCACAAUCUGUGGUGAGGACUUCCCAUCCCUGUCAGAUUGCACAGAACACAAGCAGAGACACAUGGUGGAUGGUGCGUUCGCAUGCCCACAGUGUAAUAAAACCUUUAGCUGGGAGGUGGCCCUCAUAAGACACCUAAACACCCACACAGACGAUGCCAACUCUGGUGAACCCACGGGCAGUCUGCAAGCCCAACAAGAGGAGGUUGCAAGUGAACAAAAUGUUGAAGAGCAGGUUGUCGCACUUGCCGAAACUAACCGCCAAGCGACAGCAGUGGAAAAGGAAGACCACGAUGGUAGUACGAAAGAAGCAGAGGCCCAAAAGAGUCACCACCCAUCCUCUGUGACAGAAGUUCUGGUCCCCAAACUUCUUGACGAGGUCAUUUCUCUGGUGAAGGUGCGCGCCAGCGGGCGAAAGCGCAAACCCACAAUGAAGGUCCAGGUGAUAAAUCUGCAGAAGCGCAUCGGGAGAGUUUCCUCUCCGAAGAGAAAGCGGGAGGUUGCCGUGGAGAAACCGGUGGCUUUCAACAGUGCAGAACACUCCUAUGGAACACUGUUGAGUUCAGCUAAGGACAGCGAUAAAGAAGACUUUGUGUUGGAAGGAUCUUCAGCUGGCUUCUCCUGCCCUAAGUGCACCUUCAGCCACACAGAUCAGGUGGAGUUGCAACGGCAUGUUGACCAAGAGCAUGCCGAUGACGCAGAGGAGGUCACAUCUGCUCCACCUCUGGCCAAUCAUGAUGGCCGCUUCAGCUGCCCGGACUGCGAGAAGAGCUUCAAGUUCCAGUCCCUGCUGAAAGCCCACCGCCGCAUCCACACGGGUGAGCAGCCUUACCUGUGUUCCCAGUGUGGGCGGCGCUUUUCAUUCAAGCAGUCACUGGAGCGGCACAAGCACACACACAAGGAUGGCCGCAAGUAUGAGUGCCUAAUUUGCGGGAAGUUCUUCAAGUCGCUGGCAGCCCAGAGGGAGCACAAGAGCAUCCACAUGGAGAACGGAGAGUACCUGUGUUCUAAGUGUGGCCGGGCGUUCGCCUGGAAGUCGGCACUGGUGAGGCACCUGAAGACCCACGGGGAUGAGGCGGACAAGGCGGUGCGUCCUCACCGGUGCCCCCACUGCGACCUGGGCUUCAGCAGCAUCACCUACCUCAACAGGCACCUCCAGACCCACGGAGAGGAACGGCUACACACCUGCAACUGUGGGAAGAGCUUCCCCUACAAGGCAGCACUCACUGCCCACGAGCGCACCCACCGGAAGGAGCGUCCGCACCAGUGUGCUCAGUGUGGCAAAGGGUUCCUGUACAAGGGCGGCCUGCUGAGCCACAUGAAGAUCCACUCGUCAGACAUGCCCUUCAUGUGCUCUUUCUGUGGCAAGAGCUUCAAGAGGGAACGCAACAUGAAGAAGCACGAGCGCUGCCACACCCGAGAAAACGUCUUCAGUUGCACGCAGUGCGACAAAAGCUUUGUCUACAAGGCCACGCUGAUCAGACACGAGCUGACGCACUCCGGCGAGAGGCCGUUUCUCUGCUCCGACUGCGGAAAGGGUUUCUUCUCACACGCCGAGCUCCUGAAACACGAGCGCUUCCACACGGGACACAAACCCUUCCAGUGCCCCCACUGCGGGAAGAGGUUCACCCAGUCCUGCUACCUAACCAUCCACCUGCGCUACCACACCGGCGUCCGGCCAUACUCCUGCACGGAGUGCGACAAGAGCUUCCUCAGCGCCAACCGGCUUAAGAGGCACCAGCGGACACACACGGGGGAGAAACCCUACCUCUGUGGAGAAUGUGGGAAGGGUUUCAAGCAGUCGUAUCAUCUCAAAAUGCACCAGCGAACACACGCUAUUACGUUUACAUAGGAAACAGGAAGAUGUUCCCUUGGUGAAUUGUUGCUAUUUAGGUCGACAUUAAAAGGGCAGUAUUCUAGAUUCAAGUUCACACAGGGGCAGCUACGGAGCUCAUGUGGCAACUAAACAAUCUCACCAACCUAAUACAAUUACUUGGACUAAGAAUGGUGCCAUUUACUGAAUUUUUCUGAUUUUUUUUUUUUUUUUUUUUGCUGAUGUGUAGUUGAUUUGGCAGUUUCCACGAGCUUUGUGUUGCAAAUUAAAAACAGCAUUGGCUAACAUCACCGAAGAAUUCUGACGAUUCAUUUCCAGUUAUAAAGGCAGUA